GUCUCGUGCUGCGUGUCCGUGAGUGUGCACGUGUUUGUGUUGGUGUUGUGUUGCGGCCUGGGAUGUUCCCCCUGGCGCGGCGGGAGUCCUACUUGGCCUCGGCGUCCAUGCACUGCGUUCCCGCCCGCCGGUAGGGAAUAUGAUAUAAGAUGUGCACGAGUGAGUGGGAGGGGCUGCUGGAGCGGCGGCUGGCUAUGCUGCCCGGCUCCCGCGACCCAGGCGGUGGCCCUAUCCUGGUGAUCUCCCUGCCGCAGGACCCCACCCUGCACGACUCAGGGGGCAUCUCGGCCACCAUCAAGUACCUCAAGACCAUCCCCAGCCUGAGUGCGAGGGACCGUGGGUGGGUGGUGGUGGUGGACGCGCGGGUGUGUCACUACCGCCUGGUCAAACCCACCGUGAGCACCGUGCGGGCCGCCUUGGGUCACCUGCGUCAUUUGUUCGUGGUGCGGCCUGAGGGGUUCUGGGACAAGCAACGGGUGGACUGCCGUAAGAGUGAGGUGGAUAGCCAGCCAAUUUAUGUGACAGUGAGCAAGCUGACGCGCCACAUUGAGCCUUCCCAGCUGCCCAUAGAGCUUGGCGGGACCCUGGAAUAUGACCACCUCGCCUGGCUCAAGACUCGGAAGGCGUACGAGGAGUUUGUGGACGAGUGCGAGAGGGCGCGGCGUGAUUUGGAGACCCUGCAGGUGGAGUUAAGGCGAGAGGAGCCAUGUAGCCGCGCCUCCACCCUGCACGAUCUUCUGUCUGUCAACACCAACACCUACACCACCAUCACCGCCAGGCCUUCCAUCAUCUUCAACAUGGGUCAGGAGGUGCUGAAGGUGCUGGAGAUGGAUGAGGAGUCAGGGUUCAGGGUGUGCGAGGGACAGGGUGACGCAGCAGAGGCGGCGUCCAGGGUGCGGGCAAUGCUUCACGACCUGCACCUGCUCACCACCGCCGUCGAGGCCUGCUGGAGGAGGCUCAACACUGCCCUGGACACCUACAUGCAGGUGCGAGAGCUUGAGACGGAGAUGAAUGACAUAGGCAAGUGGCUGGUGUCGGCGGGUCAGACAUUGCUGGCGGAAACGAGCAUCGGCACCACAACAGACCAGGCGGAGGCGCUGCUACGGGAACACGAGGCCAUUGAGCUGAAGUGUCGGGAGACGUACGGGAGGUGGGCUGGACUGCGGUACAGAGUGGAGGACGCUCUGGACCGCGGCGAUGGGGAUCUACGCGCCCUGGCAGACCACCGCACCACCACCACCGACCUGCGCUCCCUCAAGGACUACACCGACACCCUCGUCAGGACCUUCGCGUCUCGCCUGGAUCGCCGCCGCACGCUCAUCUUGGCCUCCGUCAGGUUCCAUCGCAUCGCCCACCAGAUGGAGGAGCGGUGCCACAUCUUGCUGCAGGCCCACCGCUGGCUGCCACACACUGACGACGUGGAGCCGCUCAAGAAGACCCUCAGGGAACUCACCGCCAGGAAGGAGGCCAUUGACUACCUCGCCUCGGAGGGCACGCGGGCUGGGGAGAAGCUACUGGACCUGUUGACGGUGGGCGUGAAGGACCUCUCAGGCCGGGACAUCACGCCAGACUACACGGCGGAGCUAAACCACGUGCACGCUCUCCUGACGGCGCAGCAGGAGCACUACUGUAGGGCGGCGCGCCAGGCUGAUCUCUACAAACUGCGCCUCCAGCAGAACAUCCAGCUGCUCACCUGCCAGAGGGACGUGAGGCAGGCCCACCGGUGGCUGCGGGCGCUGCUGGAGGCGCUGAUCAAGGCUCACUCCCACGUGGGCAGGUCCUCAGACGAGAUACGCAGACUCAAGGCAGAGCACCAGCAGUUCCAGGACACAGCGGCGGGGACCUUUGAGUACGGCUACGAGUCAGCACGCGCCGCCCUGCUGGUGGAGAAGUCUGCCGGUGGGUCUGUGCUGUGCGAAAGUCGUAACUUAGUGGAACGACCUGGAGAAAGUGUGGAAGAUCUUCGUGCAGGGGUCCCAGGAGCAACUGACGAGGCUGCGAGUGGCGGGGGUCUUCUUUAGGACCAUGGAGCAGCAUCUGGAGCGCCUGGACCGCCUGUGUGCUGGCGUGGUGGAGCGUGUGGCAGGACGUGGUUGCCUGACGGGGGACGGUGACACACGCUCCCUCCUUUCCUGCCGGGACCGUCUGCUGCGGGAGAUCGGCAGGAACG